UCGAGAGACGCAGCAGCACCACCACCGCCCGUUUCAUGCCUCUGUCCUAACCUCCUCUCCAUGGAAGAGGCUGCGGGAAGAACGCCGACGGCCUCGACGGGGACGAUCCUGCGAAGGUCGAUCCACACUUUCCUUCAAAACUACCACUACUUCACCUCGACGUCCGCGCUGCUCGCGCUGCCCUUCUCCGUCUCCAUCCUCCUCUCGCAAGCCCUCGUUCCCGCCUCCUCCUCCCCCCUCGCCCUGACCGUACACUCCCGCCUCCGAGCCCUCUUCGACGCGGCCGGAUUCCCGCCUUCCUCUGAGUUCUUCGCCCUGCUCAACUUCAAGCUCUCCCAGACGCUGUCGUCUUCGUUCCUCGCCCUCCCCUUCGCCCUCUCCUUCCUACUCCUCGCCAAGUCCUCCGUCAUUCGAUCCCUCGCCGGGACGAAGCCAUCCGUCCCGUCCUCGCUCUCCUUGUUCCUAUCGAUUUACAAGCCGCUCCUCGCCACUUACGUCUGCAACUCUCUCGUGAUCCUCUCCGCCAACUCCACCGCCUUCUUCCUCCUCUUCUUUGCGUUCAACUGCCUCGGUGGGCCACAGCCCGGUUCCUCGAAUUACACCCUCCUGCUCUCGGCAGCCGGCGCGAUCCUCUACUCCAUCAUCUUAGCGCAUGCUCUGGUGAUAUGCAACUUGGCGCUGGUCUUAUCAGGCAUGGAGAGAACUGGCGGAUUCGUCGCGAUCCUAAAGGCGUGCGCCUUGAUCAGGGGAUCGACUUCCACAGCUCUUUCCCUGGCGGUGCCCGUGAAUUUGGCCCUGGCCGGCACGGAAGCAUUGUUUCAAUUCCGGGUCAUGAGGGCCUACGGCAUGAAGAAGGGGCCGAUACUUCCAGUGGCCGUGGAAGGAUGGCUCAUUGCCUAUUUGUAUUCGAUACUCAUAGUUCUCGACACAGUACUCACCUGCAUUUUCUUCAAAAGCUGCAAGAACAGUUCCAUCACCCGUCGCGGCAGCGAAGAUCAACGGUACUUCUAGAUCGAAACCCACGACGGCGACAUCAAAACUCCCGAGAACCUGAAGAUUCCAGAGUCAGGACAGUUUUGCUGAAAGUUGGAAUUUUUGAGGAGGCCAGAGAGGGAUUGUCCUCCUUGCUUGUACAUUUCCGCCAACACGCGAUAUACUGAUAAGUCAGAAGAAUAAAAAAAUUGGAGCUUGAGAGACUUGCCUUUUCUUGCUGCUAGAAGAGAGAAAUCAGGCAAACGGUCAAGAUCAUCUAGACAUAAAGAGAUCCAAAGCCUAGGGGCUUAAAACAAAGAGAGAUCUACAUGUGUUGGAGCCACCAAAAGCAGGAGAUUCUUUUGCAACAUUUCACGUUGUUUUCACUCAUGUCGACACGGCUACACUUUGGAGAAAUAAGCUUUACUACUUCUCAGAGUUCGUGUCCUGAAUGUCUGCUCUUGCUGGGUUUGUAAUUGAGUCAACAUCAAGGAAGCAAUUUGAUUAACAAUUGACCAAAAUCAUGAAUACACAAGUAAUUUUCCUCUUUGAGU